AUGAAGUACGUUCUUGUAACAGGAGGUGUUGUGAGUGGAUUAGGUAAAGGAAUCACAGCAAGCAGUAUUGGUGUUCUUCUUCAAUCAUGUGGUCUUCGCGUUACUUGUAUCAAAAUCGAUCCUUACCUGAACUAUGAUGCUGGUACCAUAUCUCCUUAUGAACAUGGCGAAGUGUUUGUCUUAGACGAUGGCAGUGAGGUGGAUCUUGAUCUUGGGAACUACGAGAGGUUUCUAGGUUCAACAUUAACUCGAGAUAACAAUAUCACUUACGGAAAAAUUAGUCAGUAUGUAAUGGAUAAAGAGAGGAAAGGAGAUUACUUAGGGGCUACUGUUCAGAUUAUUCCUCACAUCACUGAUGCUAUAAAAGAAUGGGUGGAGAGAGUUGCAAUGAUUCCUGUAGAUGGCAAAGAAGGUCCUCCUGAUGUUUGCAUCAUCGAAUUAGGAGGAACUAUAGGAGAUAAAGAAUCCGGGCCAUUCACUGAUGCACUUAGCCAAUUGUCAUACACUGUAGGAACUGAGAAUUUCUGUCUGAUCCACGUCACCCUUGUGCCUGUGCUUAGUGUUGUAGGUGAACAGAAAACAAAACCAACACAACACAGCAUUAGAGAACUACGAGGCCUUGGCUUGACACCUAAUAUCAUAGCUUGCCGGAGCACAAAGGUACUUGAAGAGAAUGUCAAAGCAAAGCUAUCUCGAUUUUGCUAUGUUCCGAUUCAGAAUAUCUUCUCUCUCAAUGAUGUUCACAACAUCUGGCACAUUCCUUUGUUGCUCAAGGAUCAGAAGGCUCAUGAAGCAAUCUCAAAAGUCUUGAACCUUGCUGGUAUAGCUAAAGAACCUUCUUUAGAGAAAUGGGCUUCAAUGGUGGAAAUUAGUGACAAUUUACAUGUGAGAAUCGCUGUCGUGGGGAAAUAUACAGACCUCUCAGAUUCUUAUCUCUCUGUCUUGAAGGCUCUCUUGCAUGCUUCUGUGGCUUUCCGCAAAAAGCUUGUUGUUGAUUUGGUUCCAUCUUGUGAUCUUGAAAAGACCACAAAGAAAGAGAAUUCACACGCAUACAAGACUGCCUGGAAGUUACUCAAGGGAGCAGAUGGAGUUCUUCUCCCUGGAGGGUUUGGUGAUAGGGGAGUGGAAGGGAAGAUUCUUGCAGCAAAAUAUGCGCGAGAAAACAAUGUCCCAUUCCUCGGUAUCUGUCUCGGGAUGCAGAUCGCUGUCAUUGAGUUUUCGCGCUCGGUUCUUGGCUUGCCUGAUGCAAACAGCACCGAGUUUAAACCUGAAACCGAACAUCCAUGCAUCAUAUUCAUGCCUGAGGGGUCCAAGACUCAUAUGGGAGGCACAAUGCGGUUAGGCUCAAGAAGAUCCUAUUUUCAUGUCAAAGACAGCAAAUCUGCAAGACUAUAUGGGAACAAAGAGUUUAUUGAUGAGAGGCAUCGACAUAGAUACGAGGUGAAUCCUGAUAUGGUUGAAUGCCUCGAGAAGGCUGGUCUCUCUUUUGCUGCAAAAGAUGAAUCUGGCCAACGCAUGGAGAUUGUUGAAGUUCCAAGCCACCCUUUUUACAUCGCUGCUCAGUUCCAUCCUGAAUACAAAUCAAGACCCGGGAAAGUAUCUCCUCUGUUCUUAGGACUAAUCGCAGCAUCUUGUGGUGAACUAGAUGCAGUUAUGAAUCCAGUUUCCAUCCAACAAGACAACAACCAACGUAUACUACUUGGAAAAGGAACAAGGAUUGAUACAAAAAAUGGUUGUUGUAAUGGAACCAACAAGAAAUCUCAGAAACAUCUCGUCCGAUGGUUAUGCUUCUUUGAUCCCCUGCUUUUGCUCAGUGAAGUGGUAGAUUCGAGCUUGAUGAAAUCUUUCAAUGUUGCUGCACCGGAAGCUCAUAUCGAAGAGGACAAGGACAUUAAUGUAGAACAUCCUAAUAGUCCGCGUCAUCGGAAGGUUCUUGGAAGAUGGGAUCCAACUAAAGGGCAGAGGCCAGUCCUAAGUGAAGCUCCUGUAUUCAAACCUUCAUUAGAGGAGUUUCAAGAUCCAUAUGGUUACAUAGAAAAGAUACGUCAACGAGCUGAAUUAUUUGGUAUUUGUCGAAUCAUACCACCCGAAAACUGGUCUUUUCCUUGUCGACUUAAGGAGAAAAGUAUAUGGGAAGGGAAAAAAUUCCCAACAAGAAUUCAAAACAUUGAGUUACUCCAAAACCGAGAGCCCAUUAAUAAGACGGUGAAGAAGCCAAAAAAGGGAAGGAAAAGGAAGAGACAAAAACACUCAACAAUGGUCCUCGCUGCCGAGACAACCAAAGAAGAAAGCUUUGGUUUCAUCUCGGGCUCGGAAUUCACUCUCCAGGAGUUUGACAAGUACGCAAAAUGUUUUAAAGGCUCCUACUUUCAAAGGAAAGACCCAGCUGGAGGAGAUGCAAAAUGGUAUCCAUCUCUUGAGGAAAUCGAAGGAGAAUACUGGCGAAUAGUUGAGAAACCAACGACUGAAGUUGUGGUUUAUUAUGGAGCCGAUUUACAGAAACAUGUUCUUGGAAGUGGAUUUUACCAAGAUAUGGAGGAAAUGUCAACCAAGAAGAGUGAAAUGGCUCGAUACAUAGCUUCCGGUUGGAACUUGAACAGGUUACCGCGUCUACCUGGUUCUGUACUCGCGUUCGAGGAUAGUGACAUCUCCGGUGUUGUCGUGCCAUGGCUCUAUGUUGGGAUGUGUUUUUCAUCUUUUUGUUGGCAUGUGGAGGACCAUCACUUAUAUUCAGUGAACUAUCUUCAUUUUGGCGAGCCAAAAGUAUGGUACGGAGUUCCUAGAAGCCAUGCAACCAAACUGGAGCAGGCGAUGAAGAAACAUCUUCCUGACCUGUUCGCCGAAGCACCUGAUCUACUUCAUGGACUGGUUACUCAGUUUUCUCCUUCGGUUUUGACGACGGAAGGCGUCCCGGUUUAUCGGGCGGUUCAGCAGCCAGGGGAGUUUGUUGUGACGUUCCCUAAGGCGUAUCAUUCUGGAUUCAGCACCGGAUUCAACUGCGCAGAAGCGGUGAAUAUGGCUCCGGUUGAGUGGUUAUCUCACGGACAGAAAGCUGUGGAAAUAUACAGUAAAGAGGCUCGGAAAACGUCUCUGUCUCAUGACAAACUUCUCCUCGGUGCUGCUUUUGAAGCUAUUAAGUCGCUUUUGGAACUCUUAGCUGGUGGGGAAGAAACUACUGAUAACCUAAGAUGGAAAAGAUUCUGCGGGAAGAAUGGAACUCUUACUAAGGCACUCAAGAUUCGGUUACGUGAGGAAGAAUCAAAUAUCAGAGUGUAUGGAACCGGUUUCACCUCGCUUGAUAUGGACAAGGAUUUUGAUUCAGGAUCAGAAAUGGAAUGCCUCUCCUGCUUGUACGACUUGCAUCUCUCUGCUUCUGGAUGCUUUAACUGCUUUCGCGGAGACUAUGUUUGUUUGAUACAUGUGGACGAUAUUUGUUCGUGUGAAGUGAAAAAUCCCUUCAUCAUUCUUCGUUACACCAUGAAUGAGCUAAGCUCACUGGUCAGAGCUUUGGAAGGCGAAACAGAGGAUCUAAACACUUGGGCUUCUAGACUUAUCAUCCAAGAUUCUUCAAAGACUCAGAAGGGAGAAUCUAGUUCUAGAGUUAUCAUCCAAGAUUCUUCAAAGACUGAGAAGGGAGAAUCUAGUUCGGUUAUCGAUGUUGAAAAACCGGUUAAGGAGGUGGCUACAUUUGAUCUGAAUGUAGACUUACAGCCUGAUGGUGAGUGUGAUGUUUCAACAGAGAACUUUGAUAAUGCGUUCUUGAUCAGCUUUGAUGCAUGUGUUGAGCCUAUAAACUUCGGGGACUUGGUUUUUGGAAAGCUUUGGUCUAACAAGCAUGCGAUAUUCCCAAAAGGGUUUACGAGUCGGGUAAAGUUCUAUAACGUGCAAGAUCCAAUGAGACUGAGCUAUUACAUUUCUGAGAUUGUGGAUGCUGGACUCAUGGGUCCACUCUUCAGGGUAACAUUGGAAGAAUAUAAAGAGGAGAGCUUCUCCAGUGUCUCAGCUCAGAAAUGCUGGGAAAUGGUGUUGAAGAGAGUGAACGAAGAGCUCUCAAAACACUGCAGCAGCCAAGAGAUAAAUCUAAAUGCUUUGGAAAGCAUUAAUGGCCUCAAGAUGUUUGGUUUUCUCUCCCCAUCCAUAGUUCAGGGGACUGAGGCUCUUGACCCGAACCAUCGCUUAGUGGAUUACUGGAACCAUAAGAAAGAGAGGGAGUCGUUGGAGAAGAAAGAUUGCGUCGCAUCAACUUCUUCACCGAGCUUAACCAAAGUAAGACUUUUUGGGGUCGAUUUGAAGUGA